UCCCCUGAACGCACCAUCGGACGUGGCUUCCUCUGCACUUCCUGCUUCCACACUGAACGACAACAAGAUGCAGUAGUUUAACUGGAUCAAUGACAGUGUUAUCAACGCUCCUCUUUCCACUGACAGCUGAUGUAAAUGUCACAUCUGUGCAGCAGAGGCGUCUGGCAGUGAUCACAGAGUAACCAUGCAGUUCUCUCCCACCAACGGAGACUUUACGUUCGUCUCUUCGACAGAGGCUGAAGAGCUCAGUGGCACCAUCAGUGCCCCGGAUAUUAAAUUAAACGUGGGCAGCGAGAGUGGUAAAGACCCAUAUGCCACCACCUUCCUGAGGCAGCGAGGCUAUGGCUGGCUGCUGGAAGUGGAGGAGGACGACAGUGAAGAGAACAAGCCUCUUCUGGAGGAGCUGGACAUUGACCUGAAGGACAUCUAUUACAAGAUUCGAUGUGUGCUGAUGCCAAUGCCGUCAUUGGGUUAUAACCGGCAGGUGGUCAGAGACAACCCGGACUUCUGGGGCCCUCUAGCCGUGGUGCUGCUCUUCUCUAUGAUCUCCAUCUAUGGACAGUUCAGGGUUGUGUCUUGGAUCAUCACCAUCUGGAUAUUUGGAUCACUAACAAUCUUCCUGCUGGCUCGUGUUCUCGGUGGUGAGGUUUCCUUCGGCCAGGUUCUUGGAGUGAUCGGAUAUUCCCUUCUUCCUCUCAUCGUUAUAGCCCCUCUGCUCUUAGUGAUCGGAGGGUUUGAGGUGGUUUCUACACUAAUCAAACUGUUCGGAGUGUUCUGGGCUGCUUACAGUGCUGCCUCACUGCUUGUCGGAGAUGAAUUUAAAACAAAGAAGCCCCUUCUCAUUUAUCCCAUUCUCCUUUUGUAUAUCUACUUCCUGUCAUUAUAUACUGGUGUGUGACUGGAUGAAUUGAAACUGGACCUUUUCAUGGACACUGACCCUUGGCCAUGGGGGGAGGAGUCAAACUACAGUACGAGGAUUUUUUAAAAAGGUGUUCAUUUCUUUUUUAACUCUAUUAUAUAGUAGAUGGUGGGGAUGUUAGGAGUAAAUAACAUUGUAUAUAGUAGUGUCCCUCAUGUCUUUGGUCAAUAAAAUGCAUAUGCUUUUACAGCUUAAACGUCAGGAUGCAGACUUCUCGUUAAACCACAGGGGAAAAAACAGGGUUGUAUAAUGAUUUAAUGAUUUCUCUUAUGCUCUUGAUCAAACUGAAGAAUGUGGUGCCAAAUAUGUGGUGUUCAUGAUGAAGGAAGAAUUCAAGAGAAGAGACAGCACCACAAAAAAAGAAAGAGAUUGUUAAGCUUAAUGUUCUUCAUUGUUAUGCACUGUGGUGUACUAUGAGAGUCCAUCUAUGCUUUCAUAUUUCACAGACUUGUUUUCCUAAGUUUUGGAUUUUAGCAGCAGAGGAAAGUGAACUGGGGCAAUUAGAGGAAUAUAAACCAUUGUCUGCUAAAUGUGGUGCCAUGUUUCCCCAGCCUUGAGUCUGGUUUGUCAGCCGUUAAAUACAGAGUUAUAAUCACUUGAUCAACAAUUACAGUAAAUUAAUAGUUAUUCGGCACCUAAACAUCUGGUAUUUCCUGUUUGUUUUUUUCACAAUAUAAAGUAAACACAGAUGACUACUGUGCUGUAUAUACCUAAAACUGUAAAUGAGUCAGCAUUUUGCAUUAUGUUUCAAAUGUGGUAUUCAUAUGUGAAGAUUAUCUUGCAAAAUGUACAAAUGUGUACGUAUCAUAAACGUUUGUAUGGCG